CCAGCGCACUAUCUCCUCCCACCCACCAUCCCCUCACCAUUCACCGGAACACUGGACGCAAGUCUCGACGCCAUCGCCGAUUUUGGAGCAAAGUACGCAGGGACGCAAGGCGUCACAAACGCGCUGCUAGAGGAGGUAGAUACAAGAACAAACUGGCCGAUUCUACUUCGCGCCAUGAUCACGAAGGGCGACAGCAACGGCCCAACUGGUCGCGGCCGUUUCCUCCUAGAAACCUUCCUCUUCUUGGUGACGCGGACGUUGCUCCCGGAGCAAAUCGCUGAGAACCGAGAUCUGAUGGCGCGUCUGUAUGAGCGGAAGAAGCAGCUAGCGAUUCGCGUGGUGCUGCGGUAUGACAUGGUGAGGGAGUGGAAAGUGUUUGGCGGGGCGAAGGUAGAGGUUUCGUCUUUGCCUCCUGCGGUUCCGCCGGUUACACCUCCGUUGCCGGUCUCGGUCCCGGUUGAUUAUCCCGAUCGGAGACCGCUGAUGCUGAAUGUGCUCUCGACGCUUAUUGUUGCGCCGCCUGGGGGGUGGACGACGCAUGCUGUGAGGGAGAGGAUGAAACACCAUGUUACGGAUCUGGACGACUAUCUUCUUCUUAGCGACGAGAAGGUAGCGCUGUGGAGUAUGGAUAUGGUGUUGAUCAUGGCUAGUCAGAUUGUUCUGGCCUGGCAGUGGCUGAGAGCUAAUAACGAGAUAUUGGGAGACAUGGAGAUUGGAGGGUGGGAGGAGUUGGAAGGGAGUAAGGAGGAGUGUGAGUGGAUCGCAGCGGAUAUGAGG